AAAACGAACUGUUAGAACAUGCAAUAGUUUAUGCUGGCAAUUACUCAACGACAGUAAACCCGUCAGUAAAUAUGACAAAUAUUUACAUGGUUCCAAAAAUGACAAGCAAACGACACUUUACCACGAUACUAGUAAAACCAUUAAUUGCGCAAUUCGUUUUAGUAGAGUUGUCACAGAGAGUGAUGACUUUGUGUGAAUUGAAAUUAUAUGAGAAAGAAUGUGACAUUGGAUAUUUUGGAACUGGUUGUACACAUAAAUGCCAUUGUAAAGAUAAUCGUGCAUGUAACCAAGUAACAGGUAAAUGUCAGACACCGGGUUGUCUAGCAGGGUGGCAAGGAGAGGCUUGUGAAAAUGUUUGUGAUGUUCGAAAGUUUGGUGAUGGAUGCAACAACACUUGCAAUUGUAAAGAUGGUACUUUUUGUGAUAAUACUAAUGGAACAUGCUUUGUUGGGCAAUGUGACCCCGGAUGGCUUCUACCAACCUGCAGCGAAGAUAUAAACAUUUUGAGGCGCUUGGAUGUGCAAACAGCUAUGUCAUCAAUAUUACUUAAUUGGACUUCAAAUCGCGCAAUUGAUGGAAAAAUUGGUCCAAUACCUGAGGUUUGCAAUUGCUGCAGCGGCACAAAGAAUUCCCAAUUGUCUUGGUGGAUGGUAGAUUUAGGACAACGGUAUCCUAUCAGUAGCGUUACUGUGUACAGUAGAGACAACGAGGGAAAAUAUAAACAACUUACAGAUUUCAAGCUUUAUUUUGCUAAUAAUACUGGACAAAAUUCAUAUCAUCUGGUUGAAAAUACCACGAGGCGAGUGGAUGGAAAUGAACAUGUGCUAACUUUUUCAAAUCAGCUAACAAGAUAUAUUAAGAUCGAGAGACCAGGCAUCCUGACUUUGUGUGAAGUUUUGGUGACUGAAGGGGAAUGUGAGGUAGGAACAUUUGGCGAGGAAUGCUCCCAAAUUUGUCACUGUGCCGAUGAACGUGCAUGUGAUAAAAAAAAGGGAUAUUGUCAGCAGAGCUUUAAAGUUGGUUGGGUUUGGUACAUUUGUAACAAAAGAAAGCUUCAAUGA